AUGGAUCCAGGUUCUAAGAUAGUAGGGAAAGCGCAUCGAGAAAAGUUGGGCGAAAACCACGGGGGAGCUGAGGAGAGACAGGGUAAGUGGAGCAUGUAAGCAUUGAUUUUAAUAUCUCAUUCCGGUAUAGACAGCUCCUGGUAUACCCAAUGAUUGGUAAAUUUUGACAGUUUACGUCAACCACGUCAAUAGGAACUCCAAGAUCCCAAGAAGCGACGGGAACGAGAGCAUUAAAAAAAAAACUAAAACCAAAAAACCCAAUAGGUUUAAUAAGCUUCGCUGUUUCACUCCAGCUAGACUGCAAAAUGGUCGUUUUUUUCUCAAAAUCGGUUUAGUGUACGGUACGUAAGAGCCUUACUCGCGCGAAGAGCGCGAGCCACACACCCCUAGGCCGUGGACGUGAGGCGAUGGCCUCGAUUUCUCGCCGCUCUCUCGGUCCUCCCUGAGAAGAAAAAGGGGAGGAGAAAUCGAACCUGGUGUAGCCUGUUCCAGACGCUCAGAUAGUGGGGAAGACGCGAAAGUAAAAGGCACGCGAAAAGUUUUCUCCCGUUUUAUUUUCGUGUUCGCACGUUCUCAAUUCAGCGGGUCCGACUAUCUCGGGGCCAGGAACAGGCUAAGCCUGGCGAGAGAAAAGCAGGAGAAAAGUCUCGCUCUCCGUUUUCAGCCUCGCUCCAGACCUUUUGUUUGACUGUUCGCGCGUAUAUGAAUACGCAAAAAUACGGACUGUUUUGCAGUCCCCAUUCCAGCGUUCCUAAUUUUCUUUCUCAUUUUAGGAAAAGAUACCCACUCGGUGUAUAGAGACGCGUAUUGUAUCGCAGACUUCAAAAUGGCGGCAGCAAGUGAGGAAGAUGUCGAAGGCGUUGCUCUAAAAGGCGCUACUCUCCUGGCCUGUGCCUUGAAAACUCAAGGUGUGGAAUAUAUGUUUGGAGUUGUGGGUAUUCCGGUUGUCGAGGUGGCGGGAGCUGCACAGGCAGAGGGAAUCAAAUACAUCGGCAUGAGAAAAGAGCAAGCGGUGAGCAUUUCGCUGUCAUCACACGCGCGACAGUUUAGUCGUUGA